GAGAGAGAGAGAGAGGCGCGUCUAUUAAGCUGUUCCUGGGGUGGUCUUGGUCGCCGGUUUCUCUCUCAUCUUCCCCUUUCCCCUAACCCUCCUCUGAUUUUCAUUUAUUGUGAGAGAAAGUGAGAGUUUCUGCUGUUUUCUGCUGGGUUUUGUUAUCACGAUUUGAAGAAGGCGAUUGAGUGUAACAGUUAUUGUGGCGAUUGGUGUUAUCAUUAUCCGUCCUUUUGUACGAAGACUUUAAUUGAGAAUUAGAGGUUAGAUUUCUUCGCGCACUAGUGAAGUCAUGGCGAGCAGGGUUUCGUUUGGUCAGCAACAGCAGAACAGUAAUUUUUCGGGUCAAGGAAAUGGUGUAAAAGAUGCUCUGUAUGAAGAGUUAUGGAAGGCCUGCGCAGGUCCUUUGGUGGAUGUUCCUAAGGUUGGAGAAAGGGUUUAUUAUUUCCCACAAGGCCACAUGGAACAAUUGGAAGCAUCUACAAAUCAGGAGUUAAAUCAAAGGAUCCCGAUGUUUAAUUUGCCUCCGAAGAUCCUCUGUCGCGUAUUCAACAUUCAGUUACUGGCUGAACAAGAUACUGAUGAAGUUUAUGCACAAAUUACCCUGAUGCCGGAAGCAGAUCAAACUGAGCCGAUCAGUCCUGAUAGUUGUACUGACGAGCCUCCGAAGCCUGAUGUCCACUCGUUCUGCAAGGUUCUCACUGCCUCGGACACAAGCACGCACGGUGGAUUUUCUGUCCUCCGAAAACACGCUAACGAGUGCCUUCCGCCAUUGGAUAUGAGCCAGCCUACACCAACACAGGAACUGAUUGCCAAGGAUCUUCAUGGAACUGAUUGGCAUUUUAAGCAUAUAUUUAGAGGUCAACCUCGUAGACAUUUGCUCACAACAGGGUGGAGUACGUUUGUUACCUCUAAGAGAUUAGUAGCAGGAGAUUCUUUUGUAUUCCUGAGGGGGGAGAGUGGAGACUUACGCGUUGGUGUCAGGCGUCAUGCCCGCCAACAGAAUUCGAUGCCGUCAUCAGUUAUUUCGAGCCAGAGCAUGCACUUGGGAGUCCUUGCCACUGCAUCUCAUGCCGUCCUCACUCAGACCCUCUUUGUUGUUUACUACAAGCCAAGGACUAGUCAAUUCAUUAUCGGAUUGAACAAGUAUCUAGAAGCUGUUAACCAAGAAUUUGGAGUUGGUAUGAGAUUCAAGAUGCGGUUCGAGGGGGAUGAUUCUCCAGAGCGGAGGUUUUCAGGUACGAUUGUCGGAGUGGAGGAUAUAUCUCCACAUUGGGAAAAUUCUAAAUGGCGACCAUUAAAGGUUCAGUGGGACGAGCCUGCAUCUAUUCCAAGACCUGAGAGGGUUUCUCCAUGGGAGAUUGAAAAAUUUGUUGCAACUGUCCCCACGACACUGCAGCCACCAACAGUGAAGCAUAAAAGGCUCCGACCAAACAUUGAAAUCUCAGUACCUGAUUCUGUAACUUCAUCAGCAUCACCCGCGUGGAAUCCAUCUCUCAAUCAAAUAAAUCGUGCUUUCGAACCCCAAAGGACAAACAACACUGUUAAUUCACAGGCUAGACAACAAUUGGAAGGAGGUUGGAAUUCCCCGCUUGGCGUUAAUGCUUCCCAUAACAUGAAUGCUGAUGAAAAAGAAGAGAGUAGAAAUGCUUCAGGUUGGUCUGCUAUUUCAAACCUAAAUGAGGUGAAAAAAUCGGACAGUGUUGCCUCAUGCAGAUUGUUCGGGUUUGACUUGAAAAGUUCUCCAGCGGUGGCCACUUGCAUGAACUCUUCUGUAAAGCUUGUUGAUAAAAUAAAUGAUGCUAGUGAAGUGUAUGUCCCAAGUAGUCUGUCGGGUGAUUCGGAACAUAAAUCAUCAGGUGUUUCAAAGGAUCUUCUAGAAUCAAAGCAAGAGCAGCUGCCAGUACUGGCAAAGGAAAUUCAAAGCAGGCAGAGUAACUCCUCAAGAAGUCGCACCAAGGUACAAAUGCAAGGGGUUGCAGUCGGUCGUGCAGUGGACUUGACCAUGUUAAGAGGAUAUGAUGAUCUUAUAACUGAACUUGAGGAUAUGUUUGAGAUAAAGGGGGAGCUUCGGCCUCGAAAUAAAUGGGAAAUCGUGUUUACAGAUGACGAAGGGGACAUGAUGCUCAUGGGUGAUGAUCCAUGGCAGGAAUUCUGUAACAUGGUUCGGAGGAUUUACAUUUAUUCCUGUCAAGAUGUUAAGAAGAUGAAAAAUAGCAAGCUCCCUUUACCAACUGGAGAAUGUGAAGACCAACUCCACACUUGAAUCUCCUUUCAUAUUUGUGUCCUUUAGAGGAAAUGAACCAGUUUUGGUGUGCUGUGCUAAAAAGUUUCAAGAAAAUGUCAAUUACUGGGGGUGGCUCUCGACAUUGUUUGGUUGCUAACCGAGAUAUGGCUUUUGAUUGAGGUAACAGUUCACUAGAAAAACUAGCUUAACUGCAGUUCAACUUUGCAACUUUUUCCAGGCCAUGACAAGACUGGAUCAUGGGCAUGGAUCAGCUUAUGGAGUAGAGAAAAACAAUUUGUGAAUAGUAAGUAGGCUUUUGUGUGUUGUGGUGAAGGAAGACGAGAGAAAAAGGUUUUUCUCGUCCUGUAUUUAUGUAAAUAUAUUACCAUUUGUUUGGCAAAUGGUGAGAUAAAAGAUUGAGGCAUUUCUUUUGCUCAGGUGAAACGCUACUUAUUCAAGUAUAUGGGGGUGUGUGUUUGUUUUGUUUCUUUUUUUUUUUUUUUUUU